AUGACACAAAAACACCCACCGAAUCCCAAGGCCCUCGGCCGAUCUGCAGGAUCCCUUAAUGCGCCUAUUGCGGCUUUUACUAUGGCGGUUCUACUUUGCACGUACUGCUUCAGCUCUAUUCGUACUGCAAGACAGGAUGCCCAAGUCCAAUCUCAAUCACCGGCUACAUCGCAGCAGCGGGUAACAAGGGCAGAUCGGGAUAGGGAUGCAUCAUGGGUUCAGAAGGCUCUUGAGGAGAGUCGGGCGGAAAAAGAGGGGAAGAAUGUGAAAUCCGAUGGGUGA